AUUCCGAAAAAGUUGGUAGCCUUGGGUUCCGGAUCAAAAUAUUGUCGUGUUGGAAAAAAGUUUUUCUAAUCAAGUUUUUCUCAAUUUUAUUGUGAAAAAAUACUCUAAAAUGGUAGAUGAAAGUACUAAAAAGACUCUAGCAAGUAUUCCACUUCUGCAAACACGAGCAGGACCCCGUGACAAGGAGCUAUGGGUGAAACGACUCAAGGAAGAGUAUCAAUCCCUGAUAAAGUAUGUGUCUAACAAUAAGGAAGCUGAUCUGGAUUGGUUCCGGUUGGAAUCCAACAAGGAAGGGACCAAGUGGUUCGGAAAGUGUUGGUACAUCCACAAUCUCCUCAAAUACGAAUUCGACGUGGAAUUUGAUAUACCAGUAACGUAUCCUGCUACAGCACCAGAAAUUGCGCUUCCGGAAUUGGACGGGAAGACAGCGAAGAUGUACAGAGGUGGAAAGAUUUGCCUCACUGACCAUUUCAAGCCUCUCUGGGCAAGGAAUGUACCCAAAUUCGGGAUAGCACAUGCAAUGGCACUUGGGCUGGCUCCUUGGCUUGCAGUCGAAAUACCCGAUUUAAUCGAAAAGGGAGUGGUGAAGUACAAGGAGAAGGAUGAAAAGUAAUCAUGCUACAGUAAAUCUAUCUUUUCCAUUGUCUUUUUAUUACUAAAAAUUAUUAUUUUUGCUUAAAAAUU